AUGGAGAAUCCGAAUACAAAUAUUGAAAUGUUUGGGAAGUUUACAUGGAACAUUAGGAACUUCUCCACGUUAGACUCCAAGAAAUUGUACUCGGAUACGUUUUCUCUCGAUGACCACAAAUGGAGGAUUCUUAUCUUUCCAAAAAGGAAUGAUGUUGAGUGUUUGUCAAUUUUUUUGGAUGCUGGUGUUGCUACUAUGCCUCAAGGAUGGGAAAAAUUUGCAAAUUUCAAACUCAUUCUGAUUAAUCAGCUCAAUCACAAAGAAACUAUAAUAAAAGAAAUCAGUCACACCUUCAAUUCAAAUCAGGAUGUUUGUGGUUUAAUAUCUUACGUAUCUUUGGGUGAGCUUUGGGACUCUAAUAGCGGGUUCAUAGUAAAUGAUACAUGUAUAAUUGAAGCUCGUAUACUGGUUCAUAUGUUAGAUUAUGAAAAACAAGUUGAUGAAUCAGUGAGGAACAUCGACAAUAAGCUUGUUGAAAGCAUGGAGAGUCUUUCAUCAAAGGAAAUGAUUUCAACCGGGGAGGUGGUGGAUUUUAGGGGCAUAGGAAAAAUUUAG